CAACGAAUACACCACGAAUCCUUUUCCCCUUCGAAAAGCUGGCUGGAAGGUGCAGAAGAGGGCAGUUGAAAGAACAACGCUCGUCAGUAGCGAAGCCAGUUUGACGGAGCGAGGCGCGUGCGGAAGAUGCGACAGAACGGUCGUUUCGCGUGAAUUCGCGCGCGACGAAAGAGAGAAGAGAAGACGCGAAUAAAAUUUCGGCCAGCCGAGGUGCGGAAACGAUGUUACGUUCGACACGCUCCUGUAGGAUCAAAUGAGGGAAGCUGGCCCCCGUCGUCUCUGGAGAUCUCGAAUCGGAAUGGUUUCCCUGACGCGAGUCUGUUUCGUCGUGCUUCUAUAUGCUUUUUCAGCGAUUUUGACGCAUACGGCAGCGUCGCGCGUGAUUGAAUUGAGUGACAGAUUUCUAGAUAUACAUAAAGACGGACAAUGGCUAGUCAUGAUGUACGCACCGUGGUGCGCGCAUUGCAAAAGAUUGGAGCCAAUUUGGGCUCAUGUAGCUCAGAAUUUGCACGCUACGUCGAUACGAGUAGGACGAGUGGAUUGCACCAGGUUUACCAGUGUGGCGCAUGCAUUCAAAGUCAAAGGAUUUCCCACUAUUCUGUUUUUAAAGGGUGAACAGGAGUUUAUAUAUCACGGUGACAGAACCAGAGAUGAAAUAGUGAAAUUUGCUUUAAGACUAAGCGGUCCUCCUGUGCAAGAGAUAACAAGGACCCAAAGCUUUGACACCAUAAAGAGAGAACGCGAUCUCUAUUUCUUAUAUGUGGGAGACAGAUCUGGAGUCUUAUGGGAACUUUACCACAAGACCGCGAAUAUAUUUCAAGCACAUGCAUUUUUCUACCAGUCUCACCCAAGCGUCGUGAAUAAACACGCGCCGGUGGAGAAUGUUCCGGCACUGUUCGUGUACAAGGAGAGCUCGCAUUACAAUUUUACUGGGCACGAUCAGGUGGACGUGGAGAGGGCAAACGAGACGUUGUACAAAUGGGUAAACGCGGAACGUUUCCCGACCUUCCCGAAAGUGACCAGGGGAAAUAUCAAUCAAUUGUUCCUGACGAAUAAAAAUCUCGUUUUAGCGGUAGUGGAGGAAAAUCAGCUGGAAGAGGUCGCACCCGACAUGCUGGAAUUCAAAGAUAUGGUCGAAUCCGUAAUCAAGAGCAAACGAGACAAGUAUCACGACCAUUUUCAGUUCGGCUGGAUAGCUAGUCCCGAUCUAGUCAAUAGUAUAGCGAUGAUGGUGCUACCAUUACCGAGUUUAAUUGUGAUAAACACGACCACGAAUCAUCAUCACAUUCCUGAGGACGAGACGGGAAAAUUAACCCCGUACGUGAUAGAGUUGUUUUUGGAGCAGAUUCGUGACGAGAGCGCCCCGCGGUACGGUGGAAACGGCUGGCUGGUACGUGUUUACAGAUCUUGGUUCGAGUUGAAAACCACCCUCGCAGCAAUGUGGAGGGGCAAUCCUACAUUGACGUUGUUAUUGUUUGGACUACCAGCUGGAUUUCUGUCGUUAAUAUGUUACGGCACUUGCUGCCAGGAUAUCUUGGAUGCUGACGACGAAGAAGAGGAAAACACCGGGUCAAGUCAUAUGAAGAAAGACUAAUUAUGGAUAAUAUCGUACAGAACUCCGAGACACAUUUUUCAUUAUGUAUAGUGUAUAUAAGCGCUUAUGAUUGCUUCUGUGACAUUCUUGACGAUAUUUGCCGAAUCAUUAAUAAGAACAUGAGGAGUUUCACGCAGCGACGCGUAUCGCUGAUCCCACAUAAAUUUUCUUCCUUCUUUCUUUUCUCAAUGGUCAAUCGUGCGUCUCAAUCUUUCUCUUUCUUACGACUGAGUUAUAUGUGUCAAAAAGUGAUGUGUAUUCCACGUGACAAUACAACCUAUUGAGGUAAGCGAGUAUGUACACACUCGGAAAAUAUCUGUCUUUUUAACACAGACUUAAUAAAAAAGAUGUAAGAUAUAAUAUCAAAAUUUUGUACAUUAAAACGCGAUCGUUUAUUCUCACACACACACUCACACACACACACACACAAUGCAUGAAAUUGUAUUCAACAUCAAACAGCAUUGGUUUUUUUUAUAUAUAUAUGAGUAAUAUAUAAUGAUAACAAUAUGUAGUAUUAUGUAAGUCGUGCGGAAUUGUUAUUUGUUGUAUCGUGUAGACUGAAAGUGUGAUUGUGAUCUCUGCUUUGAGAAUGAAAAAUAGUCCUACGUGAGCGUGUGCCAUCUCGCAAUUGCUGGAAAUGUCUAUUUAUAUGUAUCAAAUAAAAAAUGAAAAAGAGGAAAAACGAGAAAUAUCGCAAAUAUUU